AGCAGUUCCAGUGAACCGGGUGUACGCGACGGAAGCAUUUGCUGAUGGAUUAACCGAGUUAGAUGGUCAUGCUGAGUUUGAUGAUUUGGACGGACUCAUUUUUUUAAAGUUUUUUUUUUUAAUCUGUAACGCCAGAAUUGAAGUGUGUCCCACGCAGGACGCCGUACAGGUGCACAAUACCGGGCGCAGGAACCCUUUCCUCCACUUCAUGAAUCCUUUGGUCACUAGAGGGCAGAAACUCUCAGACACCACUCAGGAGCGUUUUUUGAUCCAGAAAACAACUGGGAAAUCGAACACGCAUUGAUGUACACGAUGAUCAGUACUUCGCAGCACCACAGGAUCCGUAUCUCAGACUCGGGUGUGCCUCCAGGAGGCUCCCCGGGACCUCCGCCGGUGUCACCUAUCUCACCCCUAUCACGCUGCCUGCCCCGAAGCUCACCAUCUCCACGCAUGAGGAAGCUGAUGCUGACUCUGCCGCUCACGGGUCACAUGGUUCGGGUCACGUGCAAUCGCAGACACAGCUGGCAUCCCGGCGUGGUGCAGUGUAGCCACCCGCAGUGUGGACAGCGCAGUGUAAGUCUGGAGGCUCUGGACCCUGUGGAGAUGGAGACGGUUCGGUGUGGCAGUCUGCAAAAGCGAGACCCUCGUCGAGCCCCCAUCACUGACUACACUGAGGAUCUCGAGUCCCUGCUGUCACUCAAUGAAGAGGAGGAGGGAUCAGACUCACAGAUCUUCCCUUUCACUGAGGUGCAGUCCCCCCUGAAGAGCCACAGUAUGUCUGUCCCAUCACUUUGUGUCAUGUCACGUGAAAACCAUCCGUCUCUUGCCAAACAGCGUCCUCACUCUCACGCCCAAGCCCACUCUUCCCUUUCCUCUUUACUUGGAGGGUCUACACAGAGCCUUCAAGUGGAUGCAGAGCUCGGCAGUGAGUUUUGGGACAACGAGGAGACGACGGAGGGCCAGGGGCUUCACAACGAGGAGAGCGAGAAGCCGAACGGUUUGCGCUCCCUGGUCCGGAGUCUCAGCUUCUUGGGAAAGAUGGCAAGGAAUUACAAGAACAAAGAGAAGGAGCGCAUGAAGGAGCGGGAGAAGGAGGCGCGUGAAAGAGAAGCACGCUACAGCAAUGGUCAUCUCUUCACCUCUCUGACCGUGUCGGCCACCACGCUCUGCUCGGCAUGCAACAAGAGCAUCACAGCCAAGGAGGCACUCAGCUGCCCCACUUGCAACGUCACGAUCCACAACCGCUGCCGAGACACGCUGGCCAACUGCGCCAAAAUGAAGCAGAAGCAGCAGAAGUUGGCGCUGGGGCGGAACAGUUCAGCUCUUCAGAACGUGGCCCUACGCACCAAAACUCCCAUCAUUAAGGAGAGGCCGAGUUCAGCUAUUUACCCCUCCGACAGCCUGCGCCAGUCUCUCCUCGGUUCUCGGCGAGGACGGUCCACCCUCUCCCUCAGCAAAAGCGUCUCCACCAACAACAUCGCAGGGAAUCUGAACGAUGACUCUCCUCUGGGACUGAGACGAAUCCUCUCUCAGUCAACCGACUCGCUGAACUUCAGGAACAGGGCCAUGUCCAUGGAGUCUCUAAACGAUGACGGGGAGGUGUAUUACGCCUCGAUGCUGGAGGAUUUGGAGAGGGAGGGCCGCGACUUCGAAGCGGAUUCGUGGAGUUUAGCGGUGGAUUCAUCCUACCUGCAGACUCACCGCAAAGACGUCAUCAAGAGGCAAGACGUCAUCUACGAGCUGAUCCAGACGGAGCUUCACCACGUGCGCACGCUGCGCAUCAUGGAGGGCGUGUUUCGGCGCGGCAUGCUGGAGGAGGUCCUGCUCGAGCCAGGCGUCGUGCACGCCGUCUUUCCGUGCCUCGACCAGCUGGUGGCGCUGCAUUCCCGCUUCGUCAGCCAGCUGCUGAGCCGACGGAACCACAGCCUGGCGUCAGGGAGCAACACCAACUUCACCAUCCAGCAGCUCGGAGACGUGCUGGUCGAUCAGUUUUCAGGCCAGAACGCAGACGAGAUGCGCAAGUGCUACGCCGAAUUCUGUAGCCGGCACCUCAAAGCCGUGAAGCUCUACAAGGAGCUGCUCGCACGGGACAAGAGGUUCCAAAACUUUAUCCGGCGAGUGAGUAGAGGAUCACUACUCCGCCGACACGGGGUCCAAGAAUGCAUCCUGCUGGUCACGCAACGCAUCACCAAAUACCCAGUGCUGAUUCAGCGCAUACUAGACAACACAAAAGGGAGCGAGGAGGAAGCCGAGUCUCUGAGUCAGGCUCUAGUGCUGAUCCGUGAGCUCCUGAGCUCUGUUGAUCAGCAAGUUCAGGAGCUGGAGCUGACGCAGAAGCUGCAGGAGAUCCGGGCUCGCCUGGACCCACGUGCCGAGACCGAAGUAAGGGGUGGAGGAGUAUUCCGAGGCGGAGAAUUGCUCCGGAGAAGACUCCUCCACGAGGGAACACUGCUGUUAAAACCUGCACAGGGCUCCAGACUCAAAGACGUGCAGGUCCUGUUGAUGACGGACAUCCUGGUGUUCGUGCAGGAAAAGGACCAGAAAUAUUUUUUCCCCUGUCUGGACAAGCCGUCGGUUCUGUCGCUCCAGAACCUGAUCGUCAGAGAUAUAGCCAAUCAGGAGCGAGGGAUGUUCCUCAUCAGCGACUCCACCCCUCCUGAGAUGUACGAGCUGCACGCCUCUUCCAAGGAUGACCGGAACAACUGGAUGAAGAUCAUCCAGCAGGCCGUCAGCAGAUGUCCCUCUAGAGAAGAUUUCCCUCUGAUCGAGACGGAGGACAAAGCCCUUCUGCGUCGACUCAGAGCUGAUAUUCAACAGAAAGACCGGGAAGUCCUCGAACUCCUACAAGAGCGCGUGACCCUGUUUUCUGACCUGGCAGAGGUCACAAGCGGACAAGAGGUCAAGAUGCCCACCAGCUCUCGGAACGUUUUCCGAGCGGACACACCGCACGCGCCGCAGGCUGAGAAACUGCUCAACAACGCCAUCGCUGAAGUGGACAGAUUAAGCGAACUGCUACUGGGCUCGAGCAUCGGGCUUCCUCGGUCCUGCAGUUCCAGCAGUGACCAGAACCACACGAAGGCGCCCAUGAGCAACGGAGAGACGAUUUCGGUGAACGGAAGCCAUGAUGGGAACAGUCCCUUACAAAAACAGGAUAGAAACGGUAACCAGCUGCAGGACAGAACUCCCAAUGAGGAAGUUUGCCAAAGACUUGUAAACCUCAGCACGCAUCUCCACGCACUACAGGCAGCGGUGAUCGGACAGGACUCCAUCCUGGAGCUGUGCAUGCGGGACGGUUCCACCUCUACCUCCUGCUCCACUCCGUCCACCUCGACCCCCAGCCCGCUCGGCUCCGCCCCUCUGCGCCUGAGCCGCUCUCUGUCACGUGACGCCCUGAUGGAAGGCGUGUUGCCCGGGGCGGGUGCGGAUCAGGCCCUGCUGCAGAGACACUACGCUCUGCUGCAUGAUGAAGUGUGUCGUCUGCGCCCGUUGGAGGCCCGGCUGAGGGAGAGCGAGCGGGCGAGGACGCAGGCAGAGGAACAGCUGAGGGAGCUGCAGGGCACACACAGACGAGACAGCACAGAUACAACAAGCUCACAGCGGAGAGGAAGUGACGCCCCCCUCGCCCCACUGGCGUGCCAGGAAGCUGACCAGUUAGAUGGCGUUCAGGAGGGAAGCGAGGAAGACGAUUCCGAGGAGGAGGAAGAAGUUCGGAUUUCCCCGCGAUCAGACAGUCCCAGAGAUCUACAGGACAUUCCAGAGGAAAGCGAAUGCAUAACCGAAGCUCCAGACGGCGACUCUUCCGGACACAGUUAACCCCGGUUCCGGUCCGAAAUUAUUUUCCACAUAUACAAAAAAAAAAAAAGAAAAGAUAGAAACGCUACACAACGCCUCCGCUCUCCUGCGAGGCAGCAGAAAGACGACAUUUUGAAGUGGAGCAGAGAAACAAAGAUUCUACGCACCAUGUUUUUUUUUUGUUUUUUUUUGCCUUUAUAUUCAUGGACUCGAGCGAGCGUUUGUCUUAAUAAUUUAUCUCAGAAUAACCUCUUUAUCAUCGACUGUAGCCUUCGACUGCCUGCCUUUUUUUGGAGGGGGCCAAGCAACGAGUGCGCUCUCGUUUAUUACACUUUUAUACUAUUUAGUGGAAAUGACUGAACUUGAAAAAUAGGCUGAAAGUUUGGGAAAAAAAAAAAGUAUAAGAUGGAUGUAAUCAUGAUGAAAUCAUGUCAUCAUUUAUACACCAGAAGAGCGAUGGGGUUUUGUCUAAACAUGGUCAUCGUAGAAUAAUUUAUAGAAGUCGUAAUAAAGAAACGUGACGGCGAAAUUUUUAUACUUUUAUAUGAAAAAAAAAGGGUUCCGUGGAAAUUGUUACGCACGUGAGUUCGGCGGAACGUGCAGUGACCGAUAAUCGGGGAAAAUUGUAACGAUCGAAAAAGACCAAAGUUUUUCGGCAGGUUGGAUGAAAUGGAAAUCGCCAAACUAUACACUAUUCUAUAGAUUAGAUAACAGUGAUCAUGUUUAGUACAUUUUGGUAAUGCAUGUAGAACAUCGGUUAUACUUAUUACACACACACACACACACAAACACACACCCCUACAAUGCACAAUAGUGGUUUGAUCCAUCAGCUCAUUAGCAUCUUCUAACCGCGCCAUCUCACGUUGUUGUUAGACAGAAUUAGCUGAAACUCAUGGCUGGUCAAUGAAGGGUUUUUUGUGUAUAUUAUGUACCUGUAUAAAUAUUUCGGAAAAGUUUUUGAGUGAAAAAAAAAGAAAAGAAAAAAGGAUUUCAGAAAGAAUGAAUCUUGUAUCUUAGUGUAAACCUUGUAACUUUUUUAAGACUUUCUUGUUGUAAUUUUAUUGUUUUUAUUACUUGAACUAAACUGCUUGUUUGCAUUGUGAUGUUGAAAUAUACAGUAGGAAGUACAAAGCUA